AUGUUCUUGAACACAGCUUCUCCCCGGAGGUCGUUCAGCAUCCCCAUUAACAUCAACCUGCAGGGUGCUCGCAGGAGGCAGACACGGGAGCUCCUCCACACCGCAGCGGCACAGGAGCAGGAAUGGAGCAGAGGGGGGGAUAGACGUGGAGGGCAGCGAGCUCGGUCCCAGAUGCCGGUGUCGAAUGUUGGGGAGGACAGAGCCAUCCUGCUGGGCUUCGCCAUGAUGGCCUUCUCUGUGCUCAUGUUCUUUGUGUUCGGCAUCACUAUGGUCAAACCCUUUGUUAACAGUAACUGGGAUGAGGCCAGCUGUGUGCUGGUGCAGGCCGACAUCCUGAAGGAGUGGGUGGACUGCAGAGGUGUGAGCGCUGUGCCGUGCCUCAGGGCGAUGGUUAACCUCCUGGGCUCCAAUCAAAGUGCUUUCCUACACUUUGACGAAGAAUCGGUCCUUCUCGCUCCUGAGUGUUUCUACAUACCCAAAUGUCGGAUGGAUAGAGAAGAUCUUCAAGCUGAAGUCCAGAGAGUGAAAAAAACCUUGGACACUCAGCUGGGGAUCACCUCAUUGUGCUACACUGACCGCAUGGGGCACCCCAGGGAUGUCAUCUUAAGAAGGAAGUACACGUUGAAGAAGGCCCUGUUUGCACUGCUGUGGCCCUGUGUGAUGCUGGGCGGUGGAGCUCUGCUGGUGGGCCUCGUGAAGUUGACACAGUGCUUAGCUCAUCUGUCCUAUGCGAUGUGCAAAGAGACUGCAGGGAGCAGGCUGACUUCAAGAUACACACAGGGCAAAUUGUAUAAGCUCCUCCGGAGGUCCAGCAUGCAGUCGCCCUCUUGA